GGUGCUGUACAAUCUGAAUCGCCUGGUUGAUCCGGUCUUCCUCAGCCAACCAGGAAAGAGGGCUUGCCGUGAUCUGGACUGAGGCGGAUGAGACCAGAAACCUUUGUUCUGUCCUCCCAAAGCGAGAUUUAAAAAAAACAAGAGCCAGUCAAUGCUUCCUUCGAAAUUUCGCUUGCGUUUUUGUUAGUCGGCGAUCGCUGAUGGAUGCUUUAUUAAUCCGAAAUUAGCAGAUAUUAAUUCGUCUUUCUAAUAUUUUUUCUGCUCGCUGCAACCCGAAGGGGGACAUCUGCUCGUUUUUUCCCCUGUCAGCUGCUAAAUGGAAAUAAAACGGGGAUCUGAAAGCAUUCGAGGUAAUGAUCUUCCAGCCCACUAUCUACGCCUCCUGGCCCCACCCUUGCAGCUUUUAUCAGCCGCAGUGUGGCAAGUAGUGCAGCAGGGACAUGUGGACCGCUAUGGGAUGCUGGAGGAGUUUGUUACCAUGGUGACAGAACUGGUCCCAGAGCUGAUGAGCUACAGUCAGAGGGCUCAGCUCGUCCUGGGCCUCAGGGCCAGGCUGGUUCUGGAGAUGUGUCGAGGUGAGCACCCAGUGGACAUACAGAACAUUCAGCCCCAUCUGGACAGAAUUAAAGCUCCUGUCAGCACCGCCAAGGAUCACCAUGUAACCAUCAACCAGGUGGAAGAAUCGGAGGUGAACUUUGUGGAGUUGGUGCAUUCAUUACUGGAGGAUCCCUCUGAAAGAAAAUAUUUUUUCCAGGAAAUCUUCCCUGACUAUUUUGGCUCAAAGUAUGAUGCUGCACUUGAGAUGCUGGUGUGGGAGUUCAUAUCGAGACUAGAGGAGCUGCUGCCAGUUCCAGACUUCACACAGUUGGCAGCUUUGCUCGGAGACGCUCCGUCAUUCCUAGAAGACUGUUUACAAUCCUUUUUCCCGCCAGAGGACAUGAAGGCUGUACUUGAACACCACAGAAACCUCGGACAUUUUGAAGAGAAAGAUCCUAGCUUAUUACCGAUGGAUGACUGCAUCCUCUCCUCCCUGUCUCUGCCUCCCGGGACCAAACCUGUCUCAAACACCACCUCUUGCUCACAUGCUCUCAAAGACUCAAACCCUCCAGAGCACAAAGGACGCCUCGGCUCUCUCUUCAACACAAGCAGCCUGGAGAGGGCGAGCAGGAGGAGCUCUGAGACAGUGAGACAAUCCCUGAAGGACACAAGACAGGUUAGAGCUGGAAGCCUUUCUCAGGAGAGGAAGGUGCAAAACUCAGUUAGUGCACGACCAUGUGAUGAAACCAUAGACCUCACUCUGUCUAAUGAGACUGCGGCCACAGAUCCAGCAGCCAAUGACAACAGCCAAAGCUUGAGAAGAGUUCUCAGGAAGAGGAAAAUGAGCGGAGGCGUGGACAUUCCCACAAAACAGCUGGUGGAGGAGACGGCUUUCCUGGAUUCGUCAAUGGAUGAUGAGAAUUCGGGUGAAUCUCCUCUAAUCUCAAUAUGGGGAAAAUAUACAGACUCUCAGGAAGAUUGUUUCCCAGUUGUGGCGGACACAAAAGUUCCCUGGUCGGACGAGGAGACACUCAAUCUGCUCGACAUCUGGGGGAAGGACUCUGUGCAGCGAGCUUUAAAGGGCUGCUCGAAAAACCGUCACAUAUUCACGCAGAUCGCUCAGAAGAUAGCAGAGAGAGGCUACUCCAGAACGGUGGAACAGUGCCAGACCAGGAUCAAACGGCUGAAGAAAAGCUUCCGCAAGAACAACAAAGGGAACUCCAAGCUGGAGUAUAAAUACUACGAGCAGCUGAAGCGGGUUCUCGGCUCUUCAAAUCCCUCAGAUGUUCCUGAGGUCACCUACGAUGUCGAAGAGGUCAUGGAUGAAGAUGAGUCCCAAGACGGCGAUGAGGAGUUGCAGUUUCUCGGCCAUACGAACCAACUGGAAAUCGGAACUAAAAGCGUUCCGUGGACAGACUUUGAGACGUUGGCCCUCAUCAACAUGUGGGGUGAAGACAAGAUGCAGCAGGAGCUGAGAGGAAUGCACAGAACUGGACACCUUUUCUCCAUCAUAUCCAACAAGAUGGCCGCCCAGGGCUUCUCCCGAACACCAGAGCAGUGCCAAAGAAGGCUGAAAAGGCUGAAAUCAAAUUUCAGGCAAUGCUACCAAAACAACAUGAAGGGACAGGAGCAAGUGGAGUGCAAGUUUUACAAUGAACUGGGAAGAAUUUUAGUGAAGGACUUCCCUUCAGUGCCGCAGCCGGAAGAAAUACCAGGGGAGCCUGAAGACGGCGACAUUCCCUCCUUCUCCCAGCAAGAUCUCGAGUCUGCUGUGGACGUUCAGGAAGACAGGAGGAAAGUCCCCUGGUCGGACAAAGAGACCAUCAUUCUUCUGGAGAUCUGGGGAGACCCACAGGUCCAGCAGAGCAUGAGACGCUACCCACACAACGGUCACAUUUUCACCGAAAUAUCUGAGAAACUCGCUGCUAACGGCUACUCCCGCAGCGCGGGGCAGUGCCACACCAGGAUCAAACGGCUGAAAGCUAACUAUCGGCAGUGUCAGGAAAGGGUUAGCUCAUCUGGGACUGACAGAGUCGACUUUAAAUUUUAUGAUCUUCUGGAACAAAUCCUGGACAAGCAGCCGUCCACAUCCUCCACUGUGGUAACGGACUCCAUCGAAAUAUCAGAAGAGUCCAAUGGUGAAUCAGUGACCGAAACAGAUGGAGACAUCAGCAUGUCAACAGAGAAACCCCCACCUAGCUUGUGGUCCGAUGACGAGACCCUGGCGCUUAUCAAGAUCUGGGGCGAUGAAGACGUUCAGAGGGCGCUGAGGGGUUUCGUGCACAACGGACACGUUUACGCCGACAUUUCGGAGAGAAUGGGCGACCUCGGCUUCUCGAAGACCUCGGAGCAGUGCCGCUGGAAAGUCAAGUCAUUGAGGAACAACUUCCGACAGUGCUACGACAGGAAGAAAUGUGGAAAAAGAGUAGAAUACAGAUUCUACCACCAGCUGGAACUAAUCCUCGGACAGGAGGCGGUUUCUAUUGAUGAAUAUGAUGAAAAAGAUGAACAAGCAGACCAGGAUCCAGGCGCGGAUGGAGUGAACACAGCAUGGACGGAGCAGGAGACGGUGGCUCUCGUUGAGGUGUGGGCUGCAGACGACGUGCAGCACAGCCUGAAAACCUGCGUCCGCAACGGCCACAUAUUCGCUGACAUAUCGGAGAAAAUGACGACCGUGGGAUACUUGAGGACGGCGGAGCAGUGCCACUCCCGGAUCAAAAGGUUGAAGAAGAGUUACAGGCGUUACUGCAACAGCUGGAGAAAUGGAGGACGGCCCACUGUGUUUCGAUACUUCCACCUCCUGGCCCCGGUGCUCGGUGAUGACUCUAUGUGUGCUGAUGUGGACAGUGCCGCUGCUGACACCGCCUUGCAACCCCUUAUGGACAAGGAUCCUGACAUGGACGAGCAGCCCUCAGCCAGCCACCUCAUGUCCGACCAGAGCAGAAAGACGCCCUGGUCGGACCAGGAGACUCGCACCCUGCUGGAGAUCUGGGGCGAAGACAACGUCCAGCUCACCCUGAGGGGCUGCCUGAAGAACCGCCACGUGUUCGAUUACGUCUCUGAGAAGAUGGGUGACGGAGGAUUCAUAAGGACCUCAGAGCAGUGCUACACCCGCAUUAAGCGCCUUAAAUAUGGCUUCCUCCAUGAAAAGGAGGAAUAUAAAUUCUUCAGUGAGAUGGAUGAAAUCUUCAGGAGGGAGCUGAAAGUGGACGACUCAGUCGCAGACACGUCAGUCGCAGAAGAGCCAGAUGACUGCACUCAAAACCAAGUUUCCUCAGGUACCCAGUGGGUGGCUGAAAGCUCUAAGCUGCCCUGGAGCGACGGGGAGACCGAGGCCCUGCUGGACAUAUGGGGGAGCGAGGAGGUCCAGGAGAACUUAAAGGGCUGCACCAAGAACAAACACAUCUUCAUCCAGAUCGCUGAGGUCAUGGCCAGCCAGGGCUACAUGCGCACUCCUGAACAGUGUCAGACCAGAAUAAAGAGGCUGAGGGCAAAUUUCCGACACUUCCUAGAGGGCAGAAAGGGAGAGAAACAGGAAUGCAAGUUCUUUGACCAGUUGGUGCAGAUAUUUGGAAGCAAGUAUGUAACAAACGCUGACCCCCUGGCCGACGACACAGCUGAUGGCGCGGAGACCUGAGGCAAAUCAUGAGGACACAGCAGCUGCAGGUUGACUGAGGAACAUCCAGAAGGGAACAAACGAGGACACUGAAGAAGAAAAGUGCCGUAUAAAUACAGUCCAUUUAAUCAGAAACUGUUACCGGCUGUGGUGUGCCGUUUACAGAUGACGUUUGCCUCUGAACAUCUAAUACUUUUACAUUCUUCAUACACAGACUGUGUGUGUGUGUGUGUGUGUGUGUCUGUGUGUGUGUGUCUGUGUGUGUGUGUGUGUGUGUGUGUGUGUGUGUGUACGUGUCUUUCUGUCCCUCCAGCAGAGUGUCUUUGUAUUAUUUACAAUAGAGCCAUGACACUAAAAACCAUGAAGCUCAGGGCUCGAGGGACAACAAUGAAUCUCUGAUCUUGACCUGGUGCGAGUCACAAUAUGCUGUGAUCCUCCAGAAAUCUUUUUGUUUUUGCUAGUAUUAUUAUAUAAUUAUUUUGUACUUGAACAAAAAGAGAGCAAAUCAAAGCACACGCAAAAUUAAAUACACGCAACGCCUCUAUUACUGUAACUACUACGUACAUUUGCUUUUUUGGUCUUAAUUCAGGUCUCGCAUAUUAAAUCUUCUGUUUUUGCACUUGUUUACAAUUUUUUUAAUCUGUGCAUUAAAAGUUGAAUUCAUAAAGCUAAUCCUUAUUCUUUAUUUUUUUUUCACGGUAUGAGUUGAUCUUGUCCAGAAUUUUAUGUAUUUAAAUUAUCAUUUACGUAUGUAUUCCAAAGGUUUACAAUUAACUUUAAAUAUGUUAAACUUUGAAUUUUAUUGAAGCACAUUUUUUCCACAGAAAUGUCGAGGUUUUGUC